AGCCGCAAAGAAUUGGAAAAUCCGUCCGAGAACCCCCAAAGCUGUCAGCACUUUGGAUUCUAAGGAGAAAAAGCGAAAGAGAAGAAAAAAAAAUACUAAGAGAGAGAGAGAAGGAGAAAGAGAAACGAUAAGAAACGAAACUUGAAAACUUUGAGGGAUUGAUUAGAAAAAGGGACAUGGAGAUUCUCAUCUUCCAAUGAUCCCUUCAACCCCGCAAAUUUUCCUGUUUGGAUUUGGUGUCACAGCUUGAUUCUCCAUUGCUACGGUUCAAACACCACCACCAUCAUCAUCAUCGACAACAAAGCCAAACAUCUCUUUCUCUCUCUCUCUCUCCCUCUUCUCUCUGUGUUCCUCUCUUUCAUCUGCAUUGUCCCUUUCCACUGCAGAAAGAGGCCAAUUGGAGGAACCCCAGAAGGAAAUUUCGGAUUUUGAAGAGGACUCCAUUUCUGGGUAUUGGGAUUUAUGGGUUUUGUGAAGGGGAGAGUGCAGUUUUGGUGAGGCACGAGGUGGUCCUGCCAUGAUUGGGAAUAGAAAUCCGCAAAUGGGAGGUUCUCCAUCAGGCAAUGUGGUCCACAAGCAAAGGAGGCUCUAUCAAGUCUGGAGGGGAGGCAAUAAGUUUUUCUGUGGUGGGAGGCUGGUUUUUGGUCCUGAUGUAGCUUCCUUGUUUCUUACAACAUUCCUAAUUGUUGGACCUGCGCUUGCAUUUUGUGUAAAAACAUAUCUUAAAAUCAAGAAGACCGGUGAUCUAAUUCAUGAUUGUUGGUUUCUUGUAUUGAUCGUGGCCUCAGUUCUCACUGUUUUGGAUUUAAUAUUUCUCUUCCUGACUUCUGGGAGAGAUCCUGGAAUUGUUCCUAGAAAUUUAAGACCUCCUGAAUUUGACGAGACAUUUGAUAUACCUACCCCUUCCAUGGAGUGGAUUAAUGGCUCAACCCCUCAUUUGAAAAUACCUCGAACUAAAGAUAUUACUGUUAAUGGUCACUCAGUGAAAGUAAAGUUCUGUGAUACCUGCUUGCUUUAUCGGCCUCCUCGCACUUCUCAUUGUUCUAUAUGCAACAACUGUGUCCAGAGAUUUGAUCAUCACUGUCCCUGGGUUGGCCAGUGCAUUGGAAUACGGAACUAUCGGUUCUUCUUCAUGUUUAUCUUGACGUCAACCUUGUUAUGCAUAUAUGUCUUUGUCUUCUCUUGUAUCAAUAUUUCCCAACAUAAUGUUUGGAAGACAAUAACACAUGAUUAUAUAUCAGAUUUUCUGAUAGUAUACUGUUUCAUUGCUGUCUGGUUUGUUGGUGGCCUCACUGCUUUCCAUUUCUAUCUCAUUUGUACAAACCAGACAACCUACGAGAACUUCAGAUACCAAUAUGAUAAAAAGGGGAACCCGUUCAAUAGGGGAUCAUCGAGAAACAUUAGAGAAACACUUUGUUCCAGCAUUCCCAGAUCGAAAAAUAAUUUUCGAUCAUUUGUUGAUGAGGAUGAACAUAUGAUGGCCGGGUCUAUGACUCCAAAUAUUGCAAAUGGAAUUUUGACCCCAAAGGAGAAAAUUGAUAUUGAAAUGGGAUCUAUGCGUGCAGAAGAUGGUCGCAGGCCAAUUCCUGAACUUCUUCAAAAUUUUGAUUUUGAUCAUUUUGAUGAUGACAUGAAAUUUGCAGAUGAGGAUGGUCAGCCUUCUUUUGAUCCAUUCUACAGCAUUGACGAUGAUGUAAAAGAGUCAGCCCGAACAUCUAAUGCAACAGUUUUGAAUUUCCAUAGCACGGCAGACGAGGAAAUGGAAGAGUCUGUGCGAAGCGCUCGUGCUGCUGGAAAAGUCAGAGAAUCUUCCCACAAGCCCAUCACUGCUGAUGGAACAUAUGCAAUUAAAGAAAAUGAUGACAGGAAUAACUUUCAUUAAGCCACAUUGCCAGCUUUUGAUUUUUAAUGUAUAGAGGUUUGUUGGGGUUUCUCUUUGAUUGUUGGUGUGCCUGAUAUUGAGGAUAGUUUGGUUCCAUUCCAUAGUUGCAGCAAUGUGGUUUGUAAGAAUUUCAAAUGUGCUGACACAUGCAAGUUCAUUGAUGCUAUUCAUGCUGGAAAUGGGGAGAUUACCUUGCACUUCUCUCUCAUUUUAGCAUAAAAGUUUGGAAAGUGUUUGUUGUAAGCUGUAAAUGCCACUUGCAUUCAAAAUAAUGCACAAAGAUUGUCUGGCUAUGUUUAUGAUAGGUACUGUACUAGGUGUGCCUAUCUCUUUCACUCAGUCCUUUGUUAAAAUCUCUAGAUUGGAUAUUUUUUUUAUUUACCACUAGAAAUUUAGAAUUUCUGCAAGUA